GGGACAGGAAGGGGAAAGGAGAGAGGGGUGUGAUUUUUAUUGCCCCGGUAUUUUAACGCUCCCAGGAGCAAUGACAUCACCCAGCCUCCUCGAUGCGAAGAGACAAAGGCGAGAGGCAGCUGCAGAAGGAGGCUGCUGCAGAAUCACCACGGAGACCCAGCACCGCUGCUCCAUCCCCUCCUGGCCCGCUGCUAAACUGAGCGUGCCGGCUGGCUCCAGAGCAGCCCUUGCCCAUGCAGACUGCCCUGGCGAGCGGCGGGGGGAAAGGGAGCAGCAGGCAACGCGCAGCAUGCACUGGGGUGUUGGUUUUGCCUCCUCCAGGUCCUGUGUGGUUGAGCUGAGCCGGAAUCAGAGCCUCACCCUCGGCUGGUGUGCAGGAUCCGAAGAGCACGUCUCCUUUUAUGGGGACAUCAUCGCUUUCCCUUGGCAGGAUUACGGUGGGAUCAUGGCAGGGCUGGGUUCUGAUUCGUGGUGGAAGAAAACCCUUUAUUUGACUGGGGGAGCCCUGCUCGCUGCCGCGGCGUAUCUGCUACAUGAACUCCUGGCAAUUAGGAAAGAGCAAGAGGUUGAUUCCAAAGAUGCUAUUAUAUUGCAUCAAUUUUCAAGACCUAACAAUGGUAUUCCCAGUUUAUCUCCUUUUUGUUUGAAAAUGGAAACUUAUUUAAGGAUGGCUGAUUUACCCUACCAGAACUAUUUUGAUGGAAAACUUUCCCCUCAAGGGAAAAUGCCCUGGAUUGAAUACAAUCGCAAAAAGGUAUCUGGCACUGAGUUCAUUAUUGACUUUUUGGAAGAGAAACUCGGAGUGAAUUUAAAUAAAAACCUUGGUCCACAUGAAAGAGCUGUUUCCAGAGCAGUGACAAAAAUGGUGGAGGAGCACUUCUAUUGGACAUUAGCUUAUUGCCAAUGGGUGGACAAUCUCCACGAGACCCAGAAGAUGCUUUUGUGCAGUGGCCCCUUUAGUGACCUGCUGAAGUGGAUUCUGUGCCACCUAACAAAAGGAAUUGUGAAACGAGAAAUGUACGGUCAUGGCAUCGGCCGCUUCUCGGAGGAAGAGAUAUACAAGCUGAUGGAGAAAGACAUGCGGUCACUAGCAGGUCUCUUGGGUGACAAGAAGUACAUCAUGGGACCGAAGCUUUCCACUCUCGAUGCCACUGUCUUUGGGCACCUGGCUCAAGCAAUGUGGACAUUACCAGGUACUAGACCUGAGAGACUAAUCAAAGGUGAACUGAUUAACCUUGCUAUGUACUGUGAAAGAAUAAGGAGGAAAUUCUGGCCAGAGUGGCACCAGGACGAUGAUAACACCUUGUACGAAUCUGAGGAAAGUAGUGAAGCUAGCAAGCCUCACACCCCAUUGCAGGACUUCAGCUUUUAUUCAAGGACAGAAACAUUUGAUGAGGAGGGGACAGAGAACAGUAUUUCUCAAACCCCUGACACGGAUUAUACUGGACACUCUCUCUUUGAUUCUGAUGUGGACAUGGAUGAUUAUACAGAUCACGCACAAUGCAAGUGAUGUAUCCAAGCACUUCUCCGUUUGUGUCAGAAAUGCCACUUCUUGGGACCAGUCCAACUUUCCCACGUUCAUGCCAGUGUGGAAGAGAUCAUUGUGCUUGACACAUUUCACAUGCUACCUGGACUAUUUCACUCUUAUUUCAUUUUGUAAAUCCAUUCAGAUAGAGCCUAAGUUAAACAAUUAGAACAAAAAUAGGCAAACAAGAGACCCAGAGAGUAGCAGGAUCUCAGUCCUACAUAUUGCUCCCACUGAAAACAGAUUCCAAAAUCAUGCGAGUAAACCUACCACAGGUGGAGCAGAGAGGUCAUGAGCACUGCUUUGUGUUGAGUUUCUCAUGGUCACAGCAGGGGGUUGAUAGAAAGGGAAAAGGGUUUAUUGGAAUUCCCCUCUCCCUCCUUGGUAAGCAGUGAUUGCACUGUAUUAAUGCAACAGGAUGCCAGGGCAACUUUACUCAACAGCUUCUUGCUCUCUGGGUGUGUACGUUACGCAUGAGUGUGUAUAGGAGAGGAGUAGGGGUUUGGUCUCCAGUGCUUUCACAGACUGUCCAUCAAUAAAGGCAAGAAGAAAAUGUGCUCAUGCAAAAAGCAACAUUUUAUAAUUCCUAUUCUGUACAAUAGCUUGAAAUCUUUCAGUUUUAUAACUUUUUUAGUUGAAAGGGAGACUUCAAAGUAUUUUAAAUUAUUACCUAACAAUCCCCUAGAAGAUUGUUUAGGAGUCUUGGCUAAACCCCAUCUCAGGUAUAUAUACUCUGCCCAUUCAAAUUCCCCUUGCAGUUUCGAUUAUGUCAAGUGUUCUUUCCACUUCCUGGUGCGAACUGUUGUUUGGUCUUGCUAGAUACUGUUAAGUUAAACACCUAGAAUGCACCUCCCCAGAGUCAACUGCAUUGCAGUGCUGGACACUUCAGUCUCUAUAGCAGGGAUCGGCAACCUUUGGCAUGCAGCCCUCCAGAGUAAGCAAACGGGCCCAGCCCGCCAGGGUCCUUACCCUGGCGGGCUGCAUGCCAAAGGUUGCCGAUCCCUGCUCUGUAGUUUUUGUGUAUGAGUUAGCAAAGUUUGCAAAGCACUUUGGAGUGCUGCAGGGUAUAAGACGCUAUGUAAAUUCAAGAUACCAGAUCCUCAGAAGUGCCAGAGGAGAACUCAACAUGGGAAGGCUAGGUAGGUCGUUUACAUUGGGUCUAGGGCACCUGACACACUCCCUAUAAACAGGUGGGUGGGAAUGGGUAGUAGAGAACUAGCUGGCUAUGCCAGUUCUGUAGCCUGUGUGGAUUUCCCCAUGCCAGACUGGAUGCUGACACUGAUUUCAAGCAGAGAAAAAGCAUAUGAGGAAUUAAAGUGUGUCAAGGUGUUUGUAAAUAUAUUUAAGAAAAAUCAGAUUUUGGGUCCACGAAUCUUGACGGUGUCCCUUAAAAUGUUUUAUGCAUGGCUUUCAUGGUUUAGGAAAAGUUGUUACAUGAAUGGGACCACUUUGCAACAUUACUAGUCAUGCAGCUGAUAAAUAACUUGUUCCUGUAUCUUGUAUUCUGGGCAGCUAAGAGUAAAAGGGGCAGUUGAUGACUCGUCUCAUGGUUGUUAUUGCUUCUCCUAAUACUGAGAAUUCAAAAUAAAUGGAGGAGUUUCCCAAAGCUUUAAAAGAAAAUUAAUUUUUUGUGGAUCUUUUCACUAAUUGUGAAGACUCCCUCUAGCUUGGAAGAUGCUUGUUCCGGGGAAUCACAGAGCCGGCCGUGGAUCCGGAAUGGGAGAGUCACAGUUCACAUGUGGAGAUCCACAGCCACCCUGGCAACUGCUCCUUGUGUUUAGGUGGGAACCGCUAUUAUGAAGACAGCUGAUGGCUUGCGUAGCGUGGGAUGCAUAGUUUUGUGUUUGUUUCUUAAAAUAGGCCAGACGUUCCUUUGCAGUCAUGCUUCUAUCAAAGCUUUCCAAUCUCACGGAUGAGUACGAUUCAGGGAAUGAAUCUGAGCUAUAGUUGACUUGCAGAUGAUGGAGAGGAAGGUGCAAUCCAAGCAUUUAGGAACCACGUCAGCAAACUAAGCACAAAGCACAGGACACAAAGGGUAAAGCCUUGGAACCAAAAGGACAGACAUGCUUGGUCGGAAACGCCUUUGAAACCCCACAGAUCAUUUAACCCAGGUGUUACCUGAAGAAAUUCAGACGUUGAACUCUGACCAAAAGAAUCACAUUUGAGAGGGGAAUUUAUUCUUUAAAAAUGUCAGAUGUGACCCUGGUUUGUAUCUGUUUUGUUUGUUUUGUUUAUAUAUUGAUUUAACUUUCAAAGCUCUAUAUUUGAAGGCAGUGUUUUUUCAACUUUUUGAUGUCAGGAGCUUGAGUUUCAGGUAUCGAGUACACUGCUGAAAACGGAUGUCACAGCAAUAAGCUACUGUAGCUAAAAGAUUAACCUGAGUUAUAAGGCACUUGCAUCUUCCCCAGUUGUGGAGGCUGACAAAUCUGUCUGUGACUGUGGUCCAUCAUAAAGGGAAAGGAUUCAAUCUAACCAGAAGCCUAAGGGUUAACUUUCCCCCUCUAAAUUCAUGGGGUCUGAUUCUGAUCCCACAUUGCUAUAAACAGCAGUAACCACUGAAAUGAGUGAAGUUAAACUGGUGUACAACCAGUGAGAGAGCAGCAUUCUGUCCAUCGUGUUCUUAGGUAUCUGAAUUCUUCCUAAUUCCUGACCUCAAGCCUAUCUGAACAGAAUCUCCCUUAUAACUGUAUGAUAUAUUCUAUACCUUGAUAGAGAACUAGACUCGUUUUCACUCAGAAUGGCAAAUAAAAACCUAGUUAGAGGAUAUGAUUAUUGGUGUCUUCCCAUCUCUGGGGAGAGUGAAAAAUAAAAGCACUCUGGAGCCUUUCACUACAAAUGACUAGAAUGCUAACAAGGUUCCCUGCCCCCACUGUUGUGUAUUCUCAUGCAUUUUGAUGCUUCCAUAUGUACGCCUUGGAGAGAGGUGGUUAGAGCAAAAUCAUUAAAAAUCUGUGUCAUGUCUUGUGACAAACACUUGCUGGAGGUGGUCUUUAGAUAUUAGAAACCCCACACAACAGCAGGAAUGGGAGAGGGAAGGGGAUUGAAUUUAGAUGGCCGAUUCUCGGUAUCUCCAGUACUUAGAAUUCUGUAUUACAGAGGCAGGCAAACAGUGUGGGGAGAAAAGCCCUGAUCCUACAUCUCGUAUUCAUGUGAGUAAAGCUUACGUAUGCUAGUUUUCCCAUGGAAGUCACAGACACAGUGACCUCAGUUAGAACAGUGUAAACCUGGAACACCUCCCUGGAUUGAAACUGGUCUAAUAAUAUUUGGACCAAUGUGUCUGCUGUAUCAACAGGUUCAUGUGAAAUCAAUAGGGCCACUUGAAUAAAAAUUGUUACUCUUAGAAUUGCAGAUUUAGUCCCUAAAGAAGGAGGAAGUGUAUUUAAGAUAGAAGUAUCUCCAUUGAAAUUUAGGUUGGAAAAAUAAGUUGUGCAAUAGUCACUUUAUGAGCUAAGAUUUUUAUUUUUAUUCUGAAUAUCCAGAAAUUUUCCAGUGAAGGCUUAACUUGAAACUGACAAGCACAGUAACACAUUUUGUUUUAGAAAAGUAACAUUUUAAAAAAAUUUGUAAGGAUCCAAAGAGACUACAAAUGCAGCAGCCCUUGUCAGUAUCCGCUGCGAUUUUCUAGCUGCACUGAUUUGUCUAUGUAUUGCUCAGUUGUGUGAAUGUAUUUACAACACAUGCCAUGCCUUUUGUUUCUUAGGAGCAACUCAGGUUUUUUAAAGGAGGAGGUUAGUAACAUUUUCCUCAUCAUGGAUAACCUGGAAAAGUGUGCAUUUUUGUGUUGCUUAAAGUAUUGUUUUGAUUUAAAAUUUAGAAGAAAUUGCAGAAACUAUGUAUGUAUGUUAAAUAUACAUGUACGUCAUAUUUUCAAGGCAUGACAGGAAAUUUUUAUCCUAAAUUUAGCCUGUUCAGAAACAAAUAGCAACUGUUUUUCCUUCUAGAGCUGGUCAAAAAAUAUUUUGUUCACACUUUUUUUCAAUGGAAAAUGUGUUUUGGCUAAAACAAAUGCCUCUUCACAAUAAAUUCAUAAAAAUAGUUUUGGUUCAAAUCUUUAGUUUUUUGACAAAAAAUGAGAAAUUAAACAUUGCAUUUUUACUUUCCUGCUUCUUUUUAAAAUGGCAAAAAAGUGAGAGGACAAGUCCCCCCGCUAAAACUUUUUAGGAAUUUUUUUGUCAGAAAUGCAAAAUUUUCAUUUCCUUCAAAAUUUUUCAUGGAAAAUACCUACCUCUUUUGACCAGCUCUCU